AUUUCUCUUUUUCUACCGGACUCCAAACCAUUUUCUUAAACAAAAUACAUAAUCUCCUCUUUUCCAAUAAUUAAAUAUUAGUAUUAACCAAAUAUUUUAAUACUAAUUUCUUUUCCCAUCUUUAUUAUUUUUUCCUUUAAUUACGUCUCGGACAAUCUGAGGAAAAAUAGGAACUCAAAUUAUCUUUCUUAACUCCUCAAAACUUCAUGUUUUUCACAUUUUCUCAUAGUUCAAUAUUUUUCCUUUAAUUUCACUCUUUAUUUCUGAAAAAUAGCUGUAGAAUUUUGUAAAAAUUUCCUGAUCGUUGCCAUUAGUUGCUUUGGGUGUUUUUUUUCCAAACAAUAUUUGUAGUUGAACCUGGAAGUAGGAAGGAAAGGAAGGGAUUUUUUUCUUUUUCUUUUUUGUUAGUGAAUUUUUCAUAUUUGGUUAUAAUGGAAGGAAGGGAAAAUAUGAGUAGCAGUGGAGUAACAGUAGUGGGUUCAGAUGCUCCAUCAGACUACCACGUGGCACCAAGGACCACUGACAAUCCUACACAUGUCACUCUGACUGGAUCAGCUCAACCAGCAGUACCACCCCAGGUGGGUUUGGGUGUGGGUGUAUCACCUGGAUCGGCAGUUACUACAGCUGCUGCUGCUGCUGCUGCUUUAACAGUGACUAGCUUGAAGAAAAAGCGAGGUAGACCAAGAAAGUAUGGACCUGAUGGGUCAGUUGCUAAGCCUAUUAUUUCUCCUAAGCCUAUUUCAUCGGCUGCACCGUCACCGGUCAUUGAUUUUUCGUCGGAGAAACGGGGGAAAGUACGGCCAGUUGGGUCAGCUGUUAAGGUGUAUCAGCCUAAACUUGAUGUUGAUAAUUCAGGUGAAUGGGUUUCAUGCUCGGUUGGUGCUAAUUUUACGCCCCAUAUUAUCACUGUUAAUACUGGAGAGGAUGUUACCAUGAAGGUUAUAUCAUUCUCUCAACAAGGGCCUCGAGCAAUAUGUAUUCUAUCAGCAAAUGGUGUAAUUUCCAGUGUCACACUUCGUCAACCAGACUCUUCUGGUGGUACAUUGACAUAUGAGGGCCGGUUUGAGAUACUAUCCUUGACUGGAUCUUUUAUGCAAACGGAGACUGGAGGAAUGAGAAACAGAUCAGGUGGGAUGAGCGUGUCUCUAGCAAGCCCCGAUGGACGUGUCAUUGGUGGUGGAGUUGCCGGUCUAUUGGUAGCUGCCGGUCCUGUGCAGAUUGUUGUGGGCAGCUUCCUUGCUGGAAAUCAGCACGAGCAGACGACCAAAAAAAACAAGCCCGAGUGCAUAACUGCUGCUGUUCCUCAACCGAGUACAGAGAUGGAAAACUCGAAUCACUCAUCAGCAAAACAAACAGUACCAUCGUAUUCUUCCUUCCAUGCAGAUAACUGGUCAUCGUUGGCCCCCGACUCGAGGAAUAAGCCUGCUGACAUCAAUGUAUCUCUGCCUGCUUAGGGUUUAGUAAAAAAAAAUGGAGCUUACCAGUUAAAGGUGAACCACGAGCUGCAUAUCAUUCACUUCCUAUUGAUCCAUCUCACUCCUAUUUGUUGUUUCCAUUUCGGUGAGGUCUGUUUAGUAAUUUUAACUAGUUUUCUAGAAAGUUUUCUUUUUCCUUCCCAUCUGUCGUCUCAUAUUAGAAUUGUAGAUGAAUAAUGGCCCCAAAAAUAAUUUCAUUCGUAGGUAAGGUUUUCUUUCUAGUUUUAGCAAAUGUAAGCCCUUGUCUCUUCAUUGCAAUGCAUGUGAACUGCUGCAGUUGCCCUCGUGACUAAUAUUUGGCGGCGUUGGCUCUUUGGAACUGGUA